AUGGCAUCCAUUAUCUCUCUGUACGUGCACAUGUCCGGAAGGCACCCACUCCCGAUCAUCUCGGCCAGAAUCUCAAAACACUCGUCCAGCCUGUCAUUUUGGACGAGAGCCGCCAUCAAGAUUGCAUACGUUUUGGCGGUCGGGGAUGACUGGGCCGACCCAUGGGCUUGCAUGAACUUCAAAAGCCUGCGGGCCUCCAAUAACAUCCCAGCCCGACAGAAUGUGUCUACAGCCACAUUGUAUGUGAAGCAAUCGGGCCCGUGGCCCGCAUCAACCAUCUCCUCCAGCACAGCCAUGCCUCGACCUGGGUCCCGAGCCCGACACCACCCGAAGAACAUGAUGUUGUACGUGUCAGCAUUCGGGCUGACCCGGGCCCGGACCCGGGUCAGCAUGGCUUCGGCCUCGUCCAUGAGGCCGCAUUUGCAGAGGGAAUCGAGCAGCAGGUUGAACGCAUUAAUCUCGGGCUGCGUUUUCACUCGGAUCUUUUUCUUUUUCGCGAAUUUGUGGAGGUGGGAGGGUGUCGAUCGGGACCGAGUUUUUCCGAGUCCGUUUCAUGUGGUCCAAAAGGUCGCAGACUAUACGGAACUGUUUCACUUUGUUCUUGGUGCUGGACAGGAUGUCGAUCAUCUUGUUGUACGAUUCGGGCUCGUGGGUGUAGCUUUCGUGGUUGCCUGCCCAAGUGAAGAACCUGAAAGCUAG